CCGCCGCCGCAGGCAGAGCGCAGCGGGCGUGCCGGGCGACGGGCCAUGGCGGGCGCCGAGGACGCGCCGGGCCGGCAGCCGGAGCUGGAUGAGGACGAGACGGCGGAGAGCCGGCGCUGGGGCGCACAGCACGCCGGUGCCCGUGAGCUGGCGGCGCUCUACUCGCCAGGCAAGCGCCUCCAGGAGUGGUGUUCUGUGAUCCUGUGUUUCAGCCUCAUCGCCCACAACUCGGUUCACCUCCUGCUGCUGGCCCGCUGGGAGCACACACCCCUUGUCAUCCUCGGUGUUGUUGCCGGGGCUCUCGUUGCUGACUUCCUGUCCGGCCUGGUACAUUGGGGUGCCGAUACAUGGGGCUCUGUGGAUCUGCCCAUUGUGGGGAAGGCCUUCAUCCGGCCAUUCCGGGAGCACCACAUCGACCCCACAGCCAUCACGAGGCAUGACUUCAUUGAGACCAAUGGUGACAACUGCCUAGUGACGCUCCUGCCGCUGCUGAACAUGGCCUACAAGUUCCAAACCCAGAGCCCAGAGACCCUGGAGCAGCUGUACCCCUGGGAAUGCUUCGUUUUCUGCCUGAUCAUCUUUGGCACCUUCACCAACCAGAUCCACAAAUGGUCACACACAUAUUUGGGGCUACCCUACUGGGUCACCGUCCUGCAGGACUGGCACGUGAUUCUGCCACGGAAACACCAUCGCAUCCACCAUGUGGCGCCCCACGAGACAUACUUCUGUAUCACCACAGGCUGGCUCAACUACCCCCUGGAGGUGAUAGGCUUCUGGCGUCGCUUGGAGGACCUCAUCCAGGGCCUGACGGGUGAGAAGCCUCGGGCGGACGACAUGAAGUGGGCCCAGAAAGUCAAGUAGUGUGUCCAGCUGCCUGGUCGCCAGCCUUUCCCAGCCUGAACUGAAGCCAUCUGCCAAAUUCCAGCCUCUUUGCGCUGCCCCUCCAGUGAAGAAGAGUCCCCUGGGCUGGGCCCAGGCACCCCACAGAAUACUUGAGACACCGAGUUUUCAUUUCCUCCUCUUUUCUUUCCUUGGGCCUUCCUGGCCAUUGAGCUGCUCCAAGGCCAAGCCUGACUGCAGAAGGGGUGCCCCAACCUGGUGGCCAGCCCCGCCCUGCGCACCUGCCCUGCACACCCGCGCCCUGCCAUGGUCCUCACUGGUAUGGGGGGUCGCUGACUCCCUUGGUCUGUCCCUGGUAAUCCAGAGAGCCUCCAGGACAUUUAAAUGUCCCUGCAUCAUGGUCCUCCCUCAGCCCUGCAGACCGACCCCCGGGGGCCUAGGUGGGCAGACCACUCCAGCUGCCAUCCAAGGGAGGCAGAGCUGGGCACUGGUCAGAGGGCUGCUGGCAGGGAGAGGCCAGAAUCCCCUGCCCACAUACGGAUACUCCCCCCACACACUCCAGUUCUUCUGUCCACAUGUCCAGCCACAUCCGAGGUCUUCAGUACGAAGACAUCUUCACAGGGCGCAGCUCUUGUGAAGGGCUUGGUUGUUUGGGGAGGGGACACUGUCCCUCUGGCCAGUGUGUCAGAGGAGGAAGGAAGAUUAGGGCUUUUUUAUUUUGGGUUUUUUUUUUUUAAAGGUGCUUGCUUGUCGAUGUAAAUAAUAGAAAGCCUUAAUACCUUUCUGUAACAUGGAGUAAUAUUUUAAUGUCAUGUUUUGGAUGUAUAUAAUAUAUUUAUAACAAAGGAAGAAUCUCCUUAACCCUGGCUGCCUCGUGAUAUUUCCAAAUGGCUGCAUAGAGGGGGUUAGCUCUGGCCUCAGGGAGGGGUCUUUAUCCCCUGUCACAGUGACGUUUUGUUUAGGUUUAUAUAUUUUAUGUGUCUUGCCUGCAUGAUGUAUGUGUACCACAUGUGUGCCUGGUGCCCACAGAGGUCACAGAGGGCAUUGGAUUCCUGGAACUGGGGGUAGUGACGGUUGUGAGGCAUCCGUGGGUGCUGGGAACUGAACCAGGUCCUCUGAAUGUUCUCAACCAUGGAGCAACCGAUCCAGCCUGAAUUUUUUUUUUUUUUUAAGGUAAUGUGUCAUAUACUCAAGGUGACCUCACACUUCUUAUGCAGCCAAGGUGGCCUUGAAUUCUUGAUCCCCCUACCCUCACCUCAACAAGUGCUGGGGUUACAGGAGGUGUGUGCCACCAUUCACAAGUCUGUGACCUUUCACCAAGGUCAUGCUAGAGCAAUGCUGGCUAACCCAUCCCAGAACUCCGUUAGGGGUCAUUGCAACCUAAUGUAUGUCUUGACGAUGGCCUGGACCCAGACCAACAAGGACUGGACCCUUGCGGGGGAGCUGACCUCCUGGAAAAAGAGAAUAAAUGCAAAGGAACACA